GGUACUGUUUUCGGUUAUUCACGUGAUGUUUAUUGUUUUUGCAUGGAGUGUAGAGUUUAUUGUUUUUGCAUGGAGUGUAGAGUUUAUUGUUUUUGCAUGGAGUGUAGAGUUUAUUGUUUUUGCAUGGAGUGUUCAGUUUAUGUGUUUAAAUAAAUACCGUGGACACUUACCACUCCGCAUAUUGGGCCUCCGAUCCUUCUCGCCUCUCCUUUUCAGACGAAGAGGAGGAAAGCCAUUACAGCAGUAGACAUUUAGUAAAUGUGAAGUGGCGCUUUAUAAUUACGUAUACCUUCAAAAUGAUUCAUUCGGCAAUCAUCAGUUAUUCAAAAAACACUGUUUCCAUCAUCAUUUGUCGCAAUAAAGUUCUACUAAAGAAAAAUCCACCCCUGUUGAACAGAUACAAAUGUUAUCAAUCUUUAGAACAUUUAUCCUAUAUCUGCCGUUUCCAUUACACAUGUCUUUUUGGGUCAAUGGAAACCUGCCUACUGUUCAUAGUGAUGGAUCUGCUGAGCAGGACAGACCCAAGCAAAGUGAACCUGGAUGAGCCUAAAGCUGACCAAAUUCUCACCCUCACCAACAAUAUGCUGCUACUCAUCCACUCCCAGACCCCCAUUACCAAGAGACUCAUCAAGAGCUAUUCUACAGAGGUGUCCCUGGACCCAGAGACAGCGCACCCCAAGCUGGUCAUCUCCCUGCACGGUGACAGUGUCACCUACACAGACACCUGGCAGGAACUACCAGAGCUCCCAGGACGCUUUGACACCACCCUCAAUGUGAUCAGCCUGCAGGGUUUCAGCUCCGGGCGUCACUACUGGGAGAUAGAUGUGGCUGGGAAGACUUACUGGGAGCUGGGCCUCACCUACCCCACCAUCUCCCGCAAGGGCCGGGCCGAGGACUGCUGGCUGGGUCGCGGCUCUGACUCCUGGGCCAUGGAAUUCUUUGACGGGGAGUACACAGCCUGGCACGGUGGGGUGCCCCACCAGCUGCCUGUCACGAAACACUUAAGCCGUAUUGGGGUCCUGUGUAGUUUCCCAGCGGGCCUAGUGUCUUUCCUGGGGGCGGACAGCAUGACCCCUCUGUUCUCGUUUUGUGUGGGGGCGUUCAAGGACUGUCUCCACCUGGCAUUGUGCCCAGGUCACGACCACAACGGAAGUGAUACUGCUACAAACAAGUUCCAAACACAACCACUAUUACUGCCUAGAUCCACCAGCCUGGACUACCGGACGACGGGUCCAGAACGACGAUCCGCAACCAGGACAUCCCCUGGCUAUUCUUGUGGUGGUCUGCAACUUUCAGAAAUCCUACCAGGGUAAACCACGAUGAUCCACAAACCAGGACAUCCUGUUGUCAUUUUUGUGUUAAUUUCAACUUGCAGAAUCCUUCCAAGAUUGAACCUACCAGAGGGAGACUGUCAUGACUGUCCUGUGAGGAUCCGAAUGGGUCAGAUCAGCUGUGCAAUGGAUGACAGUAACCAGACUCUCUUUCACCCAUAGAGGGGGAGAGGAGGGAGCUGGUGGAGGGUUGACACCUUCCACCCUGUUGUAGAUUAAAGGAGAGGAAAUCCAGAGAACAUCCCUCUCCAAAUCCACGCAGGAAUGUUCCUUUGUCUACCCGAAACUCUAACACAUUCUAAAGCGAAUACUGGAACAAUAUUUCUAACAUAAGAACGUGGGGAAUGGUCAGUGGUAAUCUAAAUAAUAAUAAUGUCAUAUAGGUUGUUAUUUUGUGAUAUCAUUAAAGGUUAUAAAGGAAAUACUGUAUAUACAGUAUAGACUACAUGUACAAAGUCUCCAUCCUAUACUUCGUAUAUGAAAUAUGAAACAUUUUCAAAGUCUUUUUGUUAAGAUAAGAAUGUGAUUUUAAGAGAUCAUUUGUCUUCUAUAAAAUUUGCACAGUAGGUAUCCAAGCCCCGAAAGACGCGAGAAGCUCGCCUCCCGGACAAUCACAGUAACGCUGAUUAGCUGUCCUUAGUUAAAAAUCUAGAAAAAUGAAUUUAAGUAGGACCAUUCUACUACUCUUCAAACCAUCCUAUUCUACUACUCUUCUCGAAUCACCGUAUUCUACUACUCGUAUCACCAAUGGGAACCGUCAACACCGCUGGCUAGCCUAUCUUCCAAGGAGCAUCUUCCAGAGGGAACAACAGCAGAAGACUGGGGAGGAGUGAUCCCUUUUGGACAAUCAGAGCCUUACAACCGUGCCGCUGAAAGGCCCAACACCCUUCCUAAGGAGAGCUGGUUCCAACAGAGAUCCACGGUGAACGAAGACAUUUAAAAGUAAAUGCAUUCAUGAUUUCUUACUCCAAACGGGCAGCAGUUCAUGUGCAAAAUAAUGAUUACUGUGAGAAUAGUUGCUAAAAUGUGACUCACCACCUGGAUUUGGUCUUAUGUAGCAAAAUGUGAAAUUCGAUUUUUUACAUUGGAUAAAAGUAGAGACUCAGAGGAACAAUGGGAAAGUAAUGCUGAUUUGAAAGUUGAUCAACAUAUAAACUCACUUUUGAGAAAAUCGCCUUUGAAUGUUUUGGUAUCACACCCUCUUAAGCUUUAGCCCCACCCAUCUGGUUUCACUCUCGGAGCACACACUUGAUGCUCUGGCUGAUGCUUAGUUUACCUCUCGAUAACAUGAAAACAGCCUAACCAGCUCUGCUGGCAACAAUUUCAUUACGCUUUUUUUCAGACGUUUACUGACACCAGCCAUAUUCAGUGGGUGUUGUACACACGUCACUUAAUGUUAGCUAAAGAGCCAGCCAGCUAACGUUAGCUAGUUUACCAACAAUGAACAAAGUGCCAGCAAUGCCAAACACUAGACUCUAACUAGAAAAGCAAACAGCUCUGGGAAACAAAUAAUAACGUCCGCUAGGGAGCCAACCAUCUAACGUUAGCUAGCUAGCUAACAGUACACUUUAGCUUAAGACAUAAGACAUAUAACUAGCUAGGUAAAUAAUGAACAACAUUUAAGAUCACACAUGUCAUGUAACGUUAGCUAAUGAGCCAGCCAGUUAACGUUAGCUAGUUAAACAACAAUAAAUAAAGUGCCAACAAUGCCACAGUGCUGGAAGCUAACCAACCAGGUCCAAUGUUAGCUAGCUAACAUUAGGCUCUAACUAGAAAAGCAAACGGCUCUGGGAAACAAGUAAUAACGUCAGCUAGGGAGCCAGCCAGCUAACAGUACACUUUCUGUCAAAAUUAGAAACGUGUAAUAUCUGAAAAUGUAGCUAGCUAACGCUAGACUAUCUUACCUGUAUACAUCAUCAUGCAUGAUGCCGGAUGCAUCUCCCUCUCAGGAAUGCCAUACCACGGUUACCCUUAGUUUGAAGAUGUAAUCCGGAGACAGGUGUUUUCUCCAUCUCUUUACAUGCUGACUACACCGCUUGCGUUGCGUGCGCUCGCGUUGCAAAAUAAAUGUAAACAUAAAUGUUAUUAAAUUAUUACACCCACACUGCUCGUGCGCCAACUAGCGUCUGCAUUGCCACGGGCUAAAAUAGAAGUCAGUUCUAUUUGUGAUGCUGAUUGCGCUGAAAGUCCUGCCUCUCCCAUCUCCUCAUUGGUUUAUAGAAGCGGAUACCCACGCGCCAUCUCCUCAUUGGUUAUACCCACGUGGGUGACUGAAGAUGAACGGAGGUCGGUGGUGGUAAUACACGUUAUGAACGUUAGUUGCCAAUCGCCAUAUAAGUCCAAAGAAGAAAAGGCCCGGAAGGAGGAGAGAUGACUAGAAAUUAUUUGGUUGACCGUUUUAAGUGUGGAUUAAUUGUCGGAGUAGAGGACCUUGUCCAUUUCAGGUAAAAUAACAUUUAUAUCCCAGGACAAAUUUGCCAGCAAGCUAGCUAGCUAAAUUGCCUUAAAUGUUUCAUGUUUAAUAUAAUUGGUUCAGUUUUUUAUAUAUUUUAACCUACGUGUCGUGAUCGCGUUUGUUGUGGGGGGACAAAAUCAAUUUGCGCAUGAUGGCGCAUGAUGGCGCAUGAUGGCGCGUGGCCAGUUAGGGUACAGCAUUAGCUAUCAUACUAUAAUUCAACUGAUUUCAAAGCUUGAUCCUCAACCAACAAGGCUCGUAAUUUAACAUUUGUAUUCAUAUUUACAGAUGGCAUACAAGUUUGUAAUUAAGGCACAUGAAAGUUCACAUGUUCAAGAAGGGUUUUCUGCCAACAAAUGCAUUUUGAUUAAAAAAUAUAUUUACGUUCAAACGGCUCUCCUGUGAAGUCGUGACUUGCGACAUAUGCCUAGUUUCAUGAAUUGGGUCACAAAUGUAUCAACAAUAAGUGUCUCUUUCUCUCCAUCCACCAUAUGUUAUGUCAGUCCACUAGGGACCUUUUCUCAUGUAUUAAUAAGUGUGUAUGUUUAUUCUGUCUCAU